GCGCCAGUCAAUUCGCAUCGACCGGGAUGGCGACGAAUCAACCAAAGCAAGGAAGUGAGAACGAUGAUUGCUCUUUUCUCCCUUUGGUUCAUGACGUUAUAAAAUGCAUGGACAAAGAUAGUCAAGAUGUCCAUCAAGAACUGGUCAAGUUUAAGACAAGGAUUCAGGAAGCGCGCGAGCAGAUCGGAGCCAUGCCGGGAAUUGACAUGAGCCUGUCGGAGCAGCAGCAAGAACUAGAGACGCUGCGGGAGCAAGUCCGCACCAAGAAUCAGCUACUGCAGAAAUACAAGAGUUUGUGUAUGUUUGAGGUUCCCAAAGCGUCGUGAGGGAUUUUUGACAGUACUAAAGAAACUAACUGAAUUCAGGAGACACUUGGAGAGGAACACACAUGUACUGAACAUUAUAUAUUUUUAUAUUUAGAGGACUGAGAAAAUGACCAUCCAUUUGACAUCGUGAGAAAUGAUCUUGUUUAUAUGGAUUAUUUUUGGGGAUUCCAUCUCUUGGCUCCGUGUUCUCAUUUGCCUUUCAAAUCUAACAACUCAUGCAGUAUAACUUGAACUCAUCCCGUUUGUCAAAACCACCAGAGCACAUUUUAUUUCACUAUAACACUACCUUCAGGCAUUAUCUUGUAUUGUAAACUGUCCCAUUUUUACUUUGUAAAAAAUGUAUUAUCCAUACUGAAUUAAAAUGCCCUCUCAAGUUUGUGUAUGCAGUGGAUGAUUAUUUUAUGUGAUGGUUUUGUUGUUGCGCUAUUCAGAUUGCGUGCUGCAGAUUGUCAAUGCAGUAGGCCUAAAAUUAAACCUUUGUUUUAAUUCCUUGUGACUUGUCUUUACUCAGUUUCUUAGUAAGAUUGUAGCAUCGGCCACAUUAAGUGCGCUGUUAUUUUUCAUGAAUUACAUGUUAAUAGCUUGUUGGCCUAAAUGGAAACAUCAAUCUGCUAGCUACCAUAUGCCUAACUCUUCUCAGAAAGUAUGUAUUUCAUAAAUUAGGUACAGGCUACUUGUUUAGCUAAUGGUAUAAGUGUCACUGAAAGGGCAUGGAAUAUGCUUGACCAAUGUUCAAAAGGAUGACAGA